CAGACCUCUCUUUUCAAUUCCUUCACGACUCUGAACUUCAGACUUUUGCUCUCCCCUUCUCUGUUCCGUUCGAACAUCUGAUCGACGAUCUCAUUCAUUACAGCCUUCACUCUCAUCAACCUUUACUCUCAUUUAUGGAUUCCCUUCGCCUUUCUCCUUUACAUUCUUCAUAUAAAACACAUAAUCACAGUUUUGUUCCGAUUAAACUCGGCUCAGAAUUCUCUCAAUCAUACAGCAAUGAGUUCCGACGGCAAAUCCAUGGUGUCUGGUGCUUUCAAAUCGGAGAAACCAAAAGGCGCGGCCGCUGACUCUGCUCCAGAGACGACCAAGCUCAACAGCGCUCCCAAUGUCUCUUCUGACCUCUCGAUCGGCGUACCCCACUCGAAGAAUACCGGUGUCUCGAUCGGCCGACCUAAACCGAAGAGAACUACUGGGGCGGCCGUUGAGACCGCGAAGUCCACUUUCUCUUCAGGCGUUAAAGGCAAAGGCGCUGUCUCAUCUGCCAACAAAGGGAAAGCCAUCGUUACCGCCAGCGGCGGAGAAGUGAUAACUUUCAGACAUGCUAAAUACGGACUGCAUGAACGCGAAGUAAGGUUCCGGUUGAUACACUAUUGGGAAUCUCGAAUAAUCAAGACGAAGGUGCUGCUCGGUAUCGAAAUGCUGCUCAUUGAUGAAGAGGGAACUGUCAUCCAGGACUUCCUCUCAGCUGGGAAGGUAGAUACUUAUCUGCCACACAUGAAGGCUGGUGGCCUUUACAGGCUUCACAACUUCUUCGGGUCUUACAACAAGAAACUCUAUCGAGUGGCCGAUCCAGACUUCACCAUCUCCUUCACAUCGACUUCUGUCCUCGCUGCCCUGGAUGAUGGCUCGCUGUGUAUCCCUGAGGACCGUUUCCGAUUCCACGGAUAUGCAGAGUUCGAGGCUGCCUGCGACCUGAAAGGGGAUCUUUAUGAUUGUAUUGGGCAUAUCAAACUUGUGAAUGGCCAGGUCCUAGGCAACAGCCUCGGGAUAAAUGUAAACGAGAUAGCUUCUACCCGCCAAGUUCAGCUUCAUGUUCAAACACAUGAUGGUCCGGUGAUGAAGCUGCACCUAUGGGACGAGGCUGCCCUACGCUUUGGGGAGAAAUUUAAAGCAUCUGGAGGAGCUGCAAGAGUGGUUUUAGUUACCACUUUAAACCCGAAACGGUUUGGAUUUGGAGGUGGUGCACUAGGUCUCUCUUCUAUGACGUCAUCCCGUGUAUUCCUUGACGAGGAUGUUCAGGCAACCCGUGAUUAUCUCUCUUGGUUGAACUCAAACUUAGCUGUGGCUAACCGAGUUGAUGCUGCCGUUGUUACUAAGCCUGAGUCAGUGACCAUAGGCGAGCUCUUCUCUUACAUGAAGCAUGCUGAUGCAAAGGCUGCUUGGUUUGAGUGCGUAGCAACCAUUGGCGAUAUUGUGCAUGGUUCAGCAUGGUAUUACAUAGGGUGUGGUGUAUGCCACACUAAGGCCAUCAAAGGUGCUACCACACAUGUGUAAAAAAUGUGGGAAAAGUGAUAUUGUUGGUGUUGCACAGUACCUAGCCAAGAUAUCUGUGUAUGACAAUGCCGACCAGGCAUUCUUUGUGCUGCUUGGGAAUGCUGGGCAAGAGCUGACUGGAAAAAAAGCUUCUGAGUUGGUUGAGAGUUAUUUCGAGGCCAAUGAGAGUGUCGGAUCUACUGACUUGGUCCCGGUUCCUCAAGCUCUAAUUAGUACCAUAGGACAGUCUCGCAAGUUCAUAGUGAAGAUAUCAGAGCACAACUUGGCUGGCAAGACACAAGCGUUGACUGUGACAAAGGUGCUUCCUAUAGCAGAUCCAGAGGAUGAAAGUGAUUUAGCAGAAAUUGAGGCUCUACCAGAUGCAAAUGAAUCGUUGCAGAAGGGAGGUACUGAGAGUGGUCCAUCUGGAGGGUAUGAAGAGUCUGAUGGUGAGAGGGUGAAAAGGUCUGGUGAUGUAGUUGAUGUGGAAGAGCCCAAGAGGGCCAAAUGUGGCUAAGAUGUAAACGGUGGUUUUGUGGUUACUAAAACUCUAUGCUCUGUUUUUUACAUUUUCAGACAUCAACUUUGCACCCUUGGAGUGUUUUCUUUUAAUCUCUGGUUGUCAAACUCUCUGUUUAAUGGUUUUUUAAUCCAAUGUCGACGUUUUAUUAUCUUA